AUGGCGGCGGACAACACCACGGGCGACCCCCUGGCCCCGGGCGCGCAGCUGAGCCUGGCCGACAUCAUCAUCAUCGCCGUGUACUUUGCCGCCAACGUGGCCGUGGGCGUAUGGUCCUCCUGUCGAGCCAGUAGGAACACCGUGAGCGGCUACUUCCUCGCGGGCCGGGACAUGACAUGGUGGCCGAUCGGAGCCUCCCUCUUUGCCAGCAGCGAGGGUUCUGGCCUCUUCAUUGGACUGGCCGGCUCAGGCGCAGCCGGGGGCCUGGCUGUGGCAGGCUUUGAGUGGAAUGCCACCUAUGUGCUGCUGGCCCUCGCGUGGGUUUUUGUGCCAAUCUACAUCUCCUCAGAGAUCGUCACCAUGCCGGAGUACAUCCAGAAGCGCUACGGAGGCCAGAGGAUGCGCAUGUACCUGUCUGUCCUGUCCCUGCUGCUGUCUGUCUUCACCAAGAUAUCGAUCGACCUGUACGCGGGAGCUCUGUUCGUGCACAUCUGCCUGGGCUGGAACUUCUACCUGUCCACCAUCCUCAUGCUCGCCAUCACCGCCCUGUACACCAUCGCAGGAGGCCUGGCCGCCGUGAUCUACACGGACGCCCUGCAGACGCUCAUCAUGGUGGUGGGGGCCGUCAUCCUGACGGUCAAAGCUUUCGACCAGAUCGGCGGGUAUGAGCAGCUGGCAGUGGCCUACGCCCAGGCCAUACCAUCCAAGACUGUGGCCAACACAACCUGCCACCUGCCACGUGCGGAUGCCAUGCACAUGUUCCGAGACCCCUCCACGGCGGACCUCCCGUGGACCGGGAUGACCUUCGGGCUGACCAUCAUGGCCACCUGGUACUGGUGCACCGACCAGGUUAUUGUGCAGCGGUCGCUGUCUGCCCGGGACUUGAACCACGCCAAAGCGGGCUCCAUCCUGGCCAGCUACCUCAAGAUGCUGCCCAUGGGCCUGAUGAUCAUGCCGGGCAUGAUCAGCCGCGCGCUGUUCCCAGAUGACGUGGGCUGUGUGCUGCCGUCCGAGUGCCUGCGGGCCUGCGGGGCCGAGAUCGGCUGCUCCAACAUCGCCUACCCCAAGCUGGUCAUGGAACUGAUGCCCGUCGGUCUGCGGGGCCUGAUGAUCGCCGUGAUGAUGGCCGCGCUCAUGUCGUCGCUGACCUCCAUCUUCAACAGCAGCAGCACGCUCUUCACCAUGGACAUCUGGAGGCGGCUGCGGCCGCGCGCUGGCGAGCGGGAGCUGCUGCUGGUGGGGCGGCUGGUCAUCGUGGUGCUGAUCGGCGUGAGCGUGGCCUGGAUCCCGGUGCUGCAGGGCGCCAACAGCGGGCAGCUCUUCAUCUACAUGCAGUCGGUGACCAGCUCCCUGGCGCCCCCGGUGACCGCCGUCUUCGUCCUGGGCGUCUUCUGGCGGCGCGCCAACGAGCAGGGCGCCUUCUGGGGCCUGAUGGUCGGGCUGGCGGUGGGCGCCACGAGGCUGGUCCUGGAGUUCCUGCACCCGACCCUGCCCUGCGGCGUCCCGGACACGCGGCCUGCCGUGCUGAGCAGCAUCCACUACCUGCACUUCGCCGUGGCCCUCUUCGCGCUCAGCGGGGCCGUGGUGGUGGCCGGCAGCCUGCUGACGCCCCCACCCCCCGGGGCGCAGAUCCAGAACCUUACCUGGUGGACUCUCAAAAGGGACCUGCUCCCAGGAGCCAAAACAGGUGGCAGCCAGAAGCAAGCUUUCUGGGCCCGGGUCUGUGGCCUCAAUGCCAUCCUCCUCAUGUGCGUCAACAUCUUCUUCUAUGCCUACUUCGCCUGA